UUCCGCCGUGUGAUAGUCUUUCCUCUCGUCUUCAUCCUACGCGGAAGGAAGCGUUAUAGCUGUUUUAAAGCCGCAAACUUUAUCAUCAUCAUCAUCAUCAUGGUUGAGCAGUUUGUCGGAACCUGGAAGCUGACCGCCAGCGAGAACUUUGACGACUACAUGAAAGCAAUUGGGGUCGGCUUUGCAACGCGGCAGAUGGGCAACAUGGCUAAGCCCAACUUGGUGAUCAGCGUGGAUGAUUCUGGCCUCGUCACAAUGAAGUCUCAAAGUACUUUCAAGACCACUGAAAUCAAAUUCAAGCUCAAUGAGGAAUUUGAUGAGACAACGGCGGAUGACCGAAAAACCAAGACUAUCAUCACUGUUGAGAAUGGCAAACUUGUGCAGAAACAGACCUGGGAUGGAAAGACUACAACGCUGGAGCGAGAGAUUCUGGAGGGCAAACUAACAGCUAAAUGCAUCAUGGAUGAUGUUGUUGCAGUGAGGACCUAUGAGAAGGAAGCUUAAACUAAAGUGUUGCAAAAAAAACCCAAUAAAAUCUAAACUGCAA